AUAUAACCCGCGCAGAUAGAGAAUAGAUCUGAAAAUGGCGUCCGCUCGCAUGCGUUCUCGCUCACUCUUUAUCGCUGUCUAUACUCACACAGUGUAGUACGCGCUACAAAAAAAUAAUCAGUCAGGAUUCGCUUUGCACGCUACUUGACGCACUCCGAGUUAUCGUUAAAUUCGUUCCGUUUUGUUGUUUUUGUUGAGUUUCAUUGUUAUUUGUUUGCGUUACGUUUGAUUGUUAUUUAUUUUUGUUAAGUUUUUGUUACGAACGUUGACAUUUUGUGAUUGAUUGACAAUGGCUUCACGAAAACGUGGCAAGAUUCUUCACAGUGAUGCACGUCAGAUUGUUUACAACGUGAUAAAAUACUUUGACGACGAGAAGAACUUGGAGCGUUAUCAUCCAUUAAAGUACAGCGCCGCACGCGCAGCGAUGGCGACUAAUUUAUCGACGGCUACUAUAUCGAGAAUAAAGAAAGAAGGAAAACUUGCAGAACAAACCAACACCAAGAUCCGUACGCCGAAUAAGGGCAGAAAAGGCAAAAAUAAUACGCGUGUCCCCAUGGGCAGCUUCGAUAUUUGUGCCAUUAGAAAUAUUGUUGCCUCAAUAUACGACGUUCGAAAGGAGGUACCUACGCUGAACAAGAUUCUGGCGUCAGCAAGAGCUGAUUUAAACUAUAAAGGCUCCAAAACUACAUUAAGAAAGAUUUUAAAAGAAAAGCUCGGAUUUCAAUUUAAAAAAUGCCGCCAGAACCGAAUGGUGCUCAUAGAACGAGAAAACAUAAAAGCGUGGCGAGUUAAAUAUUUACGCCGCAUCCGACAAAAUGAUGCCAUGGGUGUGGAAAAAAAGAAAGUAGUAUAUAUGGAUGAGUCGUGGAUCCAUGCCCAUUAUACUGUCAGCAAGUGCUGGCAGUCAUCCACCGAUAAAGGCGUUCGCAAAAAUGAUAGUCCCGGACAAAGGUGGGUGAUGGUUCAUGCCGGCUCAGAGGAUGGGUUUGUGGAGGGUGCAGGAUUAUUAUUUAAAGCUAAAGCAAAAAAAGGUGACUACCAUGACGAGAUGGAUGGUAAUAAUUUUACGAAAUAUUUAAAAGAAAAACUAAUACCAAAUCUGCCUGAAAACUCCAUUCUCGUCAUGGAUAAUGCAUCCUACCACAGUAUGCAGGUGGAUAAAGCGCCAACGACUGCAACCCGCAAAGCGGACAUAAAGAUAUGGAUGCAGGAGCACAAUGUCUCAUUUGAAGAAGAUUGGACAAAAGCAGAGCUGCUCAUGCAGCUAAAAAAGCAUCGCCCAGAGAAAAAAUAUUUGGUGGACGAACUUCUCCGUGAACAUGGCCAUGAAGUCCUCAGACUCCCUCCUUACAACUGCGACCUGAACCCGAUAGAACAUGUCUGGAAUUUAAUAAAACAACGGGUCGCAGAUAAAAAUGUGGAGCAACACGAAAAUAAAAUUGAGGAGUUCACAAAGAGGCCAUAGCUUCAAUUACGCGAGACGACUGGAAGAAACAAAUAAACCACAUAAAAAAAGUCGAAGAAGAAUACUGGAAUCGCGAUGUAGGUAGGGAGAGUGAAAUAGAAGACUUUAUUAUCAGUGUUGGUAUGAACAGCGACAGCGAAGAUGAAAGUGACGAUUACGAAGACCAGGACUGUGAAAGUGACCAGUCCAUGGAGGAUAAUAAUGAAUUGAUGGAGGGAAUUGAACCAAUUAUGGGUUCAGAUGACCAGGAUACUGCUGGACCAAGCGGUUUAUAAAACUUUGUGUAUGUAUGUGAAGUGGUAUUUAUGUAAUUCACAAUUAAUAAAGACAAAUUUAAAAA